UUUUGGUCCAGAUGCUCUGCAACUCUUUCCAAAGGCCAAAGAGUCAAUCACAGCGGUUGUCCUGACGAAUUAAAUGGUGUAAUGAAAGUGGCACCAAAUGUGAAAUAUGUUUCUCAGAUUUAUGUGUGAUUUAUACAAACCAUUUUAUGAACAAUAAGAAAUUAAAGAGAUGUCUGCACAUUAAUAUGCACUGAAAAUAAGAGUAAUUGCCUUUUGCCUGGGAAAGCUGUUAAGCAACAAUCCCAGAGAAAGAGAAGUUGAAUUUAUUACCCUGAUAGAAAAAAAGGCCUCUGCAUGCGCCUGCAGGAAACAGGUGGGACUGGUGAGAUUCAAGCAAGAAAAAUUAUGUUCAUGUGGAACCCAAACAUUAUGAGAAAAUUUUAAAUGGCAUUUCAACAUGGCAGACAGGAGGACCAGUGGGUAAAUUCAUCAUUUCCUAAUUUGGAGUUAAAUGAUUUCACAGAUCUAUUACAUUUGAUUAUUUAAUAAAUGUAGUAAAUGCAAAGCUGGAGUGAUUCUUGAGAUUUAAAAAGUGCUCAUACAGGGUUUUUUUAUGUUGUGUUUUUAAUAACAAUCAUGAUCAACAGGUAAAUCAAACAAUAUAACUACCAAAAUUAUUACCUAAAUGUCACCUAAAGGCAAGAGGACACUGACUGGGUGACUGUCAUACAGUACAGGGAUUCAGAAUCGUUCUCCUGACUCAGAGAAACUGAGGUCUAACUGUACAUCCAGCCACUGUCAUGUAAUGACUUUUUCCCCUCCCUCUUUUUUUCUUUUUUGUUCCAUUAGGGCUUCACACUGUAAGAGAGCACCAAAACAAACAGAGACGGAGCGGAGGGAAUGAAAGACUGCAGUGUUUUUGGAAAUGAUACAGUCUUGACUACACAUGCGAUUUCUUGCCAGCUGGCUGGAGUGAUCGGUGACAGGCAUCCCCAUCCGCCUCGCCUGGGCAGAUGUCCCUCUCAUUUGGGCCUGACUGGAAAGGAAGUGGGAACAUCUGGGGAGAAGGACAGAAUCCAUGGAGGAAAAAAAACAAGAGGAGGAAGAGUGGAGUCAGGAGUAGGAGGAGAGCGACUUUCCUGGAACACUGGUGCAGGGUUAAAACAGGGGGCAGAGGACCUUCAAACUAGCUGAGAGAGGCCAUGGCCAACCUGUUAGGAAACAAGUGCUGGCUCGCAGGAGACAUGGAGGGACAUUGACAUCCCACUGGAGUCAUGUUUCUGGCGACCUAAUGAAAUGUUGCUAACCAGAAUGCCCGCUGAGGACCGACACUUAUCAUCCAGCUGUGGUUCUUACGUCAAAACCGAACCCUCCAGUCCAUCCUCCUCGCUAGUAGACACCGGCAGCCACCACAGUCCCAGCGGCAACUCCGACGCCAGCGGCGGCUACGUGAACAGCAGCAGCAGACACUCGCACGCCCUGGACUCCCCACCAAUGUUCAACCCAGGCAUGCUCGGAGGCGGCGCCGCCUGCCUACGCCGCUACGAGGAGUGCUCCGGCGUCGUGGCGGACGACUCGUCGAUCAAGUGCGAGUACAUGCUCAAUGCCAUUCCCAAGAGGCUGUGCCUGGUGUGUGGUGACAUUGCUUCGGGGUACCACUACGGUGUGGCCUCCUGUGAGGCCUGCAAAGCCUUUUUCAAAAGGACGAUACAAGGGAAUAUCGAGUACAGCUGUCCCGCCACCAACGAGUGUGAGAUCACCAAAAGGAGACGCAAGUCGUGCCAGGCCUGCCGCUUCAUGAAAUGUCUUAAAGUGGGCAUGUUGAAAGAAGGUGUACGUCUGGACCGGGUGAGAGGGGGGAGACAGAAGUACAAACGGAGGUUGGAUGCAGAGAACAGCACCUACCUCGGCCUCAGCAUCCCCCCUCCAGCCAAAAAGCCACUGACGAAGAUCGUUUCCCAUCUGUUGGUGGUGGAGCCAGAGAAGAUCUAUGCCAUGCCUGACCCCACCAUGCCCGACGGAGACAUCAAGGCCCUGACCACACUGUGUGACUUGGCUGACCGUGAGCUGGUGGUCAUCAUCGGCUGGGCCAAACAUAUCCCAGGAUUUUCCACUCUGUCGCUGGCAGACCAGAUGAGUCUACUGCAGAGCGCCUGGAUGGAGAUCCUGGUGCUGAGCAUCGUGUUUCGCUCGCUGCCCUGCGAGGACGAGAUCGUGUACGCAGAGGACUAUGUGGUGGACGAGGAGCAGGCGAGGAUCUCAGGCCUGCUGGACCUGCACGUUGCCAUCCUGCCGCUGGUCCGACGCUACAAGAAGCUGCGCAUGGAGAAGGAGGAGUUCGUCACGCUCAAAGCCAUCGCCCUUGCCAACUCGGACUCCAUGCACAUAGAGAAUAUCGAGGCCGUCCAAAGGCUCCAGGAUUCUCUCCACGAGGCCCUGCAGGACUUUGAGGGCUCCCAGCAUCCCGAGGACCCUCGACGGGCAGGCAAGCUGCUAAUGACCCUGCCUCUGCUCCGUCAGACCGCCACCAAGGCCGUUCAGCACUUCUACAGCAUCAAAAUGCAGGGCAAAGUCCCCAUGCACAAACUAUUCCUGGAGAUGCUGGAGGCCAAGGCUUGACACCUGGGCCAGAUGUUUGACAGACAGCUGCAUCACCCAAUGGGAGGCGAGGGACAGCCCGUAAAAAAUAAAGGUGGUGUGCCAAUAGACAGUGAAAAGGAUGAAGCUUGGACUACUGAGUCAUUUUAACACUUUUAAAUGGUAAUAAACAUAAAAGAAAAAAAGGGACUUGAAACGGUUUUAAAAAGGGUGAAUAUCAACCUGAUUGACACGGGAUCACGAUGAUGUAUAUAAAGAUGUUGUGUACAGAAAUCAGGCAACCGAGGUCUUGUUAUAACCAGAGGCCCAUUGCUCUAUAUCACCUGAAGCUUCUGUGAAUUUGUUUCUUAUCUUAUUUUCAUCUCAAAAUGGAAGUGUGUUAAUAUAAAUGUCCUAAAGAACC